AUGAAGCACACCAUUGCCCUCAUUUCCCUUAUCGGUCCAGCCAGCGCUGCUCGUCUCCCCAAGCCAACAUCCGAAACAGCCAUUUCACACAGCAAUAAGAACAACAAGAUUGGCGCUUCUUUUGGUAACGUAGCCGGAGGCGUAGCCAGCGGUGGAAUUCUCCUCGUUAUCGAGCAUCUUCUCAACCAGGCCAAUGAAGAAGAGAUCCAGCCAGCUGUAAACGCUGCGCAAGCCCCUCAAAAGCGAAGUGUACGGCGGAGAAUCCGAUUCAACCGCAAGCGCCCAUCUCCCCGUCCGGAUUCUGCCCCAGAUUCUCCAAAGGUCGAUAACGCAGCUAAAGUUGACAGGACAGAAAAGGUUGACGACACAGCAGAGGUUGACGACAGAGGCGGAAAGACUGACGGGUUCGCCAAAGAAGUGGCAAAGGGUGUUCUUAGUAAUGAGGUUGUGAACCGCAUCGAGGAUGUAGUCGACGUCGUCAAGGGCAAGAUUUUCGGCCGUGGUGGUGAGGAUGAUGCUGUCGACAAUACUCAGGAGGAUUCCCCAGUGCAGAAAUGA